AUGCACACGACUUUGCGGGCGCUCCUAGCGGUGGUUGCGGAGCGCAACUUGGAGUUGCAUCAAUUGGACGUCAAGACGGCGUUCCUCAACGCGGGUUACCUCGUUUGGGUCGACGACAUCCUCGUGGCAGUCCGGGGAGCGGAGCGAAUUGCGAAAGUGAAAGCGCAAUUGGCGGACGAGUUCGACGUGCGAGACUUGGGGGAGGCAACGUACUUCCUCGAGAUGGAGUUGGCGCGCGACCGCAAAAUCAGAAAGAGCUUGCUCUACUUGAAUGUGUGCACGCGGCCCGACAUUUCUCAGGCCGUCGGGGCAUUGGCGCGCUCCACGGAGGCACAUUGGGCGGCGGCGCUUGGGGUUGUGCGCUACUUGGUGGGGACCGUAGAGAACGGAACUUUCUUUGGGGGGAGCAGUGAGGUCGUUGAGGCGUUUUGCGACGAGGACUUUGCGGAGGACGUUGACACGAAGCAUUUCACGACUGGGGACGACUCCCUGAUGGACGGAGGAGCGGUGAGUUGGUCGAGCCGUCUUCAGCCGACGGUGGCGGCGUCGACGGUAGCGGCGGAGGAUAUGAGUGCGGGGCAGGGAGUGAAGGAGGCGCUAUGGUUUCGCAAGUUGGCAAGAGACUUGGGGCUGAACCUGAGCACGGUUCAAAUCUGCUGCAACAACCAAAUCCUGAGCAAUACGGCUCCUGAAGCAUCGAGUCGCUUUGCAGCGGUCGAAGCACAUUGA